CCUGGCACUUCCCGGCGACCAUUCAUAUCUCGACCUCACUCCCCUCUACUAAAAAACACACACAUGAUCCAGCCCUCGCUCCCCUCUACCUGCAUUUAUCAAUGCCCGAGAAUUUCCCAAGUCGACGACUUGUGCGGUAGAAGCGGGCUUCGCGCUGCUAGCAGACGCGCUACUAGCAGAUUCGCCGCUAGCAGAUUCGCCUCUAGCAGAUUCGCCACUCGCAGAUUCGCCUCUAGCAGAUUCGCCUCUAGCAGAUUCGCCACUCGCAGAUUCGCCGCUAGCAGAUUCGCCGCUAGCAGAUUCGCCGCUAGCAGGUGCGCGAAACAUGCCUCCAGGCACGCCUUCACGCUCAGACACACCGUCAUGGCCACGGUACCAUCCCUCGCGCGAAUCGCAGAACUGCUGUUGAGCCCACUCUACAACCUCGCCUUCUAGGUACUCGUAACCGCAGUUCCCAUUGGUGCUGCUCGCGUGAGAUUUUGGCGACGCGAUCAUCUCUAUUCUCCGUGUGACAGUUUUGAGGAUCCUACUCUGGGUGAUUCGGAAUUUUGUGCGGAAACUCUAUCAGUCACUCAGGGGGGUUACGUUUUCGCCAGGGGAAUGGCGAAGAAGGAGGAGCUCACCGGACGAUUCUCCAGCUGGGCGUCGCACGCCAUCGCACAGUCGCAGCUGGGUGUCGCACUGCUGCUGCUCCCGCUGCUCGCGUGCGUCGUCCUGUGGGGCUCGUUCGUUGCGCGAGCGCCGAUCGCGGAGCACCUAAAGACAUCCCAAGAGAGCUUCUCUUUAAACGCCGCGGAGCAAGCAGCAGAAGCAAGCUUUUCCUCGAAAGCCGAGCUAGCAGGCGCAAGGGGCGGCGGCAGGAGAUGGGGGCCUGGCGCUCCUGAAACGGGCGAGACGCGAGACGGGGAGGCGCGAGAGGGGGAAGUGCGAGAGGGGGAGGCGCGAGAGGGGGAGGCGGAGAGUGACGAAUCGGGCAGCGCGACGGCUUCGCUUCUCGGCAGCUUCAGGAAGAUCGAGACGGCCGUUUCCGUUGACGGGCCGGCAGAUUUGACGGCCGCUGACGGAGAGGCGGAGGGAGUUGACGAACGGAAAGAGGCGGCGGAGGGAGAUGAUGCGAGGAAGGAUGAGGGAGAGGGCCGGGGGGGGGAGGUGGAGGAGAGGGGUAGCAUAGGUGCAGGAAAAGGUGGGGGACUGGAAGGAGGUUCGACAGGAGGUUCGGAGGGUGGUACGGAAGGAGGUUCGGAGGGAGGUUCGGAAGGAGGUUCGGAGGAGGGAGGGCAAGACGGAGAGGAUUUGCUGGUUGGGUGCGAGGAGAUGAUGAGUGAAGCGCUGAGCGAUAGCAGUGGGGGCGAGAAGGGGAGAGAGGAGGGGAGCGAGGAGGGGAGAGAGGAGGAUAGAGAGGAGGGGAGAGAGGAGGGGAGAGAGGAGGGGAGAGAGGAGGGGAGAGAGGAGGGGAGAGAGGAAGGGAGAGAGGAGGGUGGUGGGGAGGAGGCACCAGGUGAAGCAAAUUCGAGAGAGGUGGAUGGAGCAGAGGGAAACGCAGGACAGGGGGACGGGGCUGGAGCGGGAGAGGGAGGAGUCAAUGCGGGCAAUGCACAGGAGGCGAGCGGAGUAGAGGGAAAUGCAGGGCGGGGGAAUGGGGCUGGAGCGGGAGAGGGAGGAGUUAAGGCAGGCAGCAGCGCUGCGGAUAAGAGAGUCGGGGGCAGUGGUGGGAGCAACAGUGACAGUAACGGUGGCGUCAAGAGUGACAGUAACGGUGGCACCAAGAGUGACAGUAAUGGUGCCACCAAGAGUGACAGUAACGGUGACGCCAAGAGUGACCCUAAUGGGAGUGGUGGGAGUGGCGGGGGAGCAGCAGCUAAGGGUGCCUCUAGCGCAAGGAAGAAAGGAGGACGCAAGGCGAGGAUCAAACUGGAUGUCCCUCUUGCUUGUGACCUGUACCGUGGGUCAUGGGUCCCCGACCCCAGCCCCCCGCUCUACACCAACAGCACGUGUCCCAACAUCACACGCCACCAGAACUGCCAGGGCAACGGGCGCCCCGACAGGCAGUACGAGCGCUGGCAGUGGCGGCCGCAGGGGGAGGGGUGCGCGCUGCCACGAUUCGACGCCGGGGAGUUCAUGCGGGUUAUGCGCGGUAGAGGGGUGCUCUUUGUGGGGGACAGCGUGGCGCGGAACCACAUGGAGUCGCUGGUCUGUUUGCUAAGCGAGGUGGAGAAGCCCGAGCUCCAUGGCAGCAAGGCCAUGCUGCGACUCGUCUUUCCUUCCUCUAAAGUCACACUCGCUAGAAUCAACUCCGCAUGGCUUGUAGACGAAGGGAACGACGCCAUACCUGACUGCCCUGACACCAUACCGCGCCUCCACCUCGACCGAACCAGCCCCAAGUGGUUCGGCGAGAUCGCCAGGUUCGACGUGGUCAUGUUCAGUUCGGCACAUUGGUUCGUGAAACCCUCAAUCUAUAUGGAGAAAGGGGAGGCGAUUGGAUCCCAGGGCGGGUGGUGGAAGAGGGGGGAACCGCCAAAGGUCGACAACAAGGGCGCGUUCGCACUCGCGAUUCGGACGGUUUUCCGGGAUGUGGUGGAAGAGCUUGGGAAGAAUCCGAACCGGGUGUUCAUUUACCGAACCUUCUCCCCGGACCACUAUGAGAAGGGCGAAUGGAACACCGGAGGCUCGUGCGCGGGGCUUACCGAACCUAGAGGCGCCAACUACACUUACAGCAACGCAUUCGGGCUCAACUUGUACGUGCAGCAGCUGCAGGCUUAUAACGAGGCGAUGGAGGCUGCUAACGAAGCAGGGGCGAGUGUAGACCCGUUGAGAUUCACCCUUAUGGACGUGAUGCCAAGUGCGGGGGUGAGAGUGGAUGGGCACCCCGGCCCUUAUAGAGGGCUGAAUGCAGCGGAGGAGUUGGCCAAAUAUGAGGGCUCCAAGUUCCCCCCGCCGCAGGACUGCCUGCACUGGUGCCUGCCCGGCCCAAUUGACUCGUGGAACGUGUUUCUGCUGCAGAUCGUGAAGAGGGGAUUCGCCUCUAUUCAGGCGCAGCAGGGUUAGGGAGGGAGCAUACCAGACACUAGAAUGUUUGGAGGUGCUUUAACAGAAGCUGGUGCCUGCCAGGGCGGGUUGGCUAUUGGAAUGUGUUUCUGCUGCAGAUGGUGAAGAGGGGAUUCGCCUUUAUUCAGGGGCAGGGGGGAAAGGGAAGUCAGGUAGUGGAGGUGGAGUGUCUGAGCUGAGGUGCUUCAACAGAAGCCGGUGCCUGCCCGGGCCCAUUGACUCGUGGAACGUGCUUCUCCUGCAGAUCGUGAAGUGGGGGCUUCCCUCUAUUCAAGGUCAGCAGGGUUAGGGAGCGACGAGACACUAGAGUGUGUUAAGGCGAGUCAAAGGAGACUGAUGCCUGUUGGGGCGGAUUGUCUUGUGGAAUGUGUUUCUGCUGGAAAUCGUGAAGAGAGGAUUCGCCUCUAUUCAAGAACAGGGGAGGGGAGUUGGGGAGAGACGAGACAUUACAGUGUGUCCAGGCGAGUCAAAGGAGACUGGUGAUUGCCCGGGCGAGUCCCGGGUGGAUUGUUUGUGCUGCACUGCAGAACAUGAAGAAAGGAGGCGUUUCAAACCAGGGUUGGUGAGGAGCCUUUACUGAAGUUAGUGGAUAUGGGGCCCUGGUGAGUUGUGUUGGAAAUAUCUCGAGGACUUGAGCGUUUCUGAAGUAUAAACACCACACUCGAGGAAGAUCGUAACGGGUACGCGAGUCAACGGAGGUUACACGAGGGGAUGGACAAACAACACGAAAGGACUCGAAGGGUCGCAACCGGAGGUAGCGAUUGACCGUUACAACUGCAAGAAUGGUAACCGAAGCGACAAUCGAGUCGCUGUGCGACUCGAUAACCGCUCUUCAACUGUAUUCUACAACUGCCUUAUUUUCCUACUUUCUAUAUAUUGCUGUAUGC